UGUGUGGUUGGAAGUGGAAGAUAGUGUGGAGCCUCUUCUCCUCCCCCUUCUUCUCCACAAACUGGUGGCAUUUGUGGUAAACCCAGGGACCUGGGGAGGUGGCCUACAAGAGGAGCAGGAGCCGGCAAGGUCAGAUGCGAGGUGUCUCGCCUGCAUAAAAGGGGUGUGACAGUGUUUCAGCAGCUGCCUCGCCAUGACCUCCUGGGCCCUCCUGCUCCUCGCCUCAGUGCUCCUGGCCACCCCAGAUGCUGAUGGUGUUUCUUCCCCAGGUCUGACCUUUUCUGGUCUGACUCCUGAGGACCAUGAUGACUUAUUCACCACUGACAUGUGUCAGGAAGAGCACUUCUUUGAGGCCCUGGACCAUGAGGCAUCCAAGGAUGACCAGAUGAUCUUCACCUGUAAGCCCUGUAAGUUUAUAAUCAAGAUAUUGAGAAAAGUCCUGGGACAAGAUAUCUCACAGGAAGCAAUCAAGCAGGCUGCAUCCCUGGUGUGUCACCAGACGCGUGUGUUCACCGAGUUAUGCAACACAUUAUUUAAUAAAUAUCUUAAUGACAUCACCCGGGGUAUCGUGAAUGACAAAUCCCCUCAGGAAAUCUGUGUGAAAAUCAGGAUGUGCAGACCUGAGAUAGGUGACCAAGGAGCUGGGACCUUACUCCACCCCGGGGAGAAGCACAGAGUCUCCAGCAGGCACCGCCAGCUCCUGCCUUCCUAAAUCCAGGACGGACCCUCCAGUUUCUCUCAGCUAGCUCCCUGCAGUGUCGUCCCCUGGCAGGAGAAUAAAAUGUCUUGCAAGCUUUUG